AUGUACGUUGUAGUCAAUACUGUUGUUGGAGAUCCAGAGGAAUAUAACAAUUUGGUUCCACCAUCAAAUCGUAUUGACAAAGACUUUGAAGCGGUUGUAUUGAGGAGAGCCGACUGGAUAAGCAGCAUGGUAGAUUUUGUUACUGCAUUUGAAGACAUAGGGACACAGCAUGCAAAAAAUGCAGAGCCUAGAAUAACCACUGAGCCUCCUCCUUUGAUUGACAGUGAAAAAUUUCACAAGAUACUCAAUAUGGUUGUGAUCUUGACCAGCAAAGUGAAGAUCAUCCAGCAAGUCUUUUGGAUUCCAGAAGAAAAUGAAGCAGAUGGCAAGGGAUCAGAGGAAAAUGAGAAUGUUGUUGGAGAUGGCAUGCAGGAAGAUAUUUGCAAUGAUACAAAGUCAGAGGAUUCUCGUCGUGAAGCAAAUUCAAAUGGCAGUUAUGCUGCCAAUGAUGAUAAUACACAAAAUCAUGGUGCUGUUGAAGAAACAGCUGAUUUUGUUGGUGAAGUUAAUGGUAAAGAUGCUAGUUCGGUUGGUAUUGGCGAUGAAGAAACAGAAGUUAUGGUUGAAAAGACACAAGAUCAUGGCGAUGAGGAAGCUACAACCGUUGUUGAAGGUUUCAUCGCCUACUACACCAAGAUUCAAUCUUCUUUCCCAAGACAGUUUACAAAACAACAUAAAUAAAGACAAGGGAGGUGAUACUAGUAGACAAAGAGCUGAUGACAAAGACAAUGAGGAGGGUAUUGACGCAAAUGUAACAAAUUUUGAAAUUUCUCAAAGAGGUUUAUUAGAUUUACAAAGUGUGACGAAAAAUAAGAAACGAGCUACAGAAGGAUACAGAGACGUAAAUGGGAAGUUGAACCAAUAUCUAAAAAAGAAGAAACAUAAAGCAGACAGAUAACGUCAUGCAGAUGGAGUUCCAGGAAGAAGAAGCCAGAGAGGACAAGUGACUUCGAUUCUUACACAACCACCUUACACAGGAGCAAGGAAAAUACAUCCACUAAUUCUUUCUUUUGAGCCGGUUGAUAAGAUGCGAAUGGAGAAAAUAAAGGAAUGGAAACAGUUAAAUUUAUCUAAAGUGGAUUACCACGCUAGAGACAGCAGGAAAUGCUUUUGUGAAAGCGCAUAUGGAAGCAGCUUUGGAGUUGUUGAGGAUGCGAAAGAAACAAAAUCCGCUUUUGUUAUUGAACAAAAGUGCUUUGAUAGUUGGUGAAUCGUUCCUGAAAGCAAUAGACGAGAUUUAUGAUAUUUUUGCAGAUGACAAGGACGGGUUUCAAUUCGGGACUGAAUUCACUAGUUAUGACAUAGAGAAAAACAUCCGUAUUAUCUACGCACCAUUGAGGAUUAAGUAUAAAUGCUGGAUUGCAUUGAUAUUUCAUCUUGAGAAUAGAAAUUUAAUCGUAUCGAACUGUGCAGCGUCAAAGAUUUCGGAAGAACAGGUCAAUACAUACAUUGGUGUGUAUGCAUAUACAAUUUUUUACAUCAUUCGCCAAAUUAACCUUGAUGACACGAUGGUUACCUCUCCAUUCAGUACACAAAUAGAGUUAAAAGAAGGAUCACAUGUUAAGUGCUUGUUUGAAAUAAAUGUUAUCAUGUUUCCUUAAACUUUUUAAUAGAGCGUUACAUUUAUAUGUCUUCUCCUUUUGAGGUUGCUAAAGUAGCAGACACAAGCAUUUACGUGUUGAAAUUAAUAGAGUGCCACUCGAUGCGCAUCAAGGACUUGACGAAACUUUUUGAAGAAAACAUCGGGGAUAUAAGAAUGAAUCUUGCUGUUGAUAUCUUCUCAGAGUUAUCAGCUCCGUAAUUUGCCAAGUCAGGGACAGGAGAUGGAGUAAGGAUGCACAGAGAAGUGGAGAAGAGGCAUUUCUUUAUUUCAAAUCAUUAGUUUAAUUUUUUUUUUUGCUAUGUUAGACUGCAAUAUCGAAAUUUAUGGUUAAAAGAGUUCAGGGGCCAUUAGUUCAGUAUGGGUAAGUUUGAUGGUGUUUGGAUCAUUAUGCCAAUUAAACGACACAAAAUAUUGGUGUUUCAUUAUGCAUUUUAUAAAGGUUUAUAAAUUUCCUUUUUUCCAUCAAAAAUAUUAUUGGGGUUUCGAACACUCGAGACAACACCUGCAGUACCCCUCGAGUGCUACGAAUUAGAAUUAUGUGACCCCCAUGUUGCUCGAACCAGGGUAUUGAUGGUAAUGAAGAGGGUGUGUGUAACCCCCAAGACUGUGGUGUUUUAACUGUCAU